CCGAGGCGCCCGCGGCGCGACCCCCGCUCCGUGGUCUGGGACGUUCUGGGGGGUGUGACCAGCUGGACCCUGAAACGGCGCAGCCCGGUGCGGGCCGAGGCCGGUGGGCCCCCGCGGUCCUCACGAAGAACUUCUGCAAGUACCGAUUUGCUGGUGUUGAUGGACGUCUACUAGUGACGUAGAGGGGAAGACCCUUCUGUAGAACUGCAGUAGCUUAAUCCAGUGAAAGUGCACAGACCAGCUUGCUUGGUUUCCGUUGCUUAGGAAACCGAGGACCCCUUUCCUUGUGUCUCCACAUUGCUUAAUGGGAGGCAUUAUGGCCCCCAAAGACAUCAUGACAAACACACAUGCCAAGUCCAUCCUCAAUUCAAUGAACUCCCUCAGGAAGAGCAACACCCUGUGUGAUGUGACUCUGAGGGUGGAGCAGAAGGACUUCCCUGCCCAUCGGAUCGUGCUGGCUGCCUGCAGCGACUACUUCUGUGCCAUGUUCACCAGUGAGCUUUCAGAGAAGGGGAAACCCUAUGUCGAUAUCCAGGGUUUAACAGCCUCUACCAUGGAAAUCCUGCUGGACUUCGUGUACACAGAAACGGUGCAUGUGACAGUGGAGAACGUGCAGGAACUGCUCCCUGCAGCCUGUCUGCUCCAGCUGAAAGGUGUGAAGCAAGCCUGCUGCGAGUUCUUAGAAAGUCAGCUGGACCCUUCCAAUUGCCUGGGUAUCCGGGACUUCGCCGAAACCCACAGCUGUGUCGACCUGAUGCAGGCCGCUGAGGUUUUCAGCCAGAAGCACUUCCCUGAAGUGGUGCAGCACGAAGAAUUCAUCCUCCUCAGUCAGGAGGAGGUGGAAAAGCUCAUCAAGUGCGAUGAGAUUCAGGUGGAUUCUGAAGAGCCAGUCUUCGAGGCCGUCAUCAGCUGGGUGAGGCACGCCAAGAAGGAGCGAGAAGAAGCCCUGCCUGACCUGCUGCAGUAUGUCCGGAUGCCCCUGCUGACCCCUCGGUACAUCACAGACGUCAUAGAUGCUGAGCCCUUUGUCCGCUGCAGCCUCCAGUGCAGGGACCUCGUCGACGAAGCCAAGAAGUUCCACCUGCGGCCUGAGCUGCGCAGUCAGAUGCAGGGACCCAGGACCAGGGCUCGUCUCGGAGCCAAUGAAGUACUUCUGGUGGUCGGGGGCUUCGGAAGCCAACAGUCUCCCAUCGACAUAGUAGAGAAGUAUGACCCCAAGACUCAGGAGUGGAGCUUUUUGCCAAGCAUCACUCGGAAGAGACGUUAUGUGGCCUCCGUGUCUUUACAUGACCGGAUCUAUGUCAUUGGUGGCUAUGAUGGCCGUUCCCGCCUCAGUACAGUGGAAUGUCUGGACUACACAGCAGAUGAAGAUGGGGUCUGGUAUUCUGUAGCCCCCAUGAAUGUCCGACGAGGCCUUGCCGGGGCCACCACCUUGGGAGAUAUGAUCUACGUUUCCGGCGGCUUUGAUGGGAGCAGGCGUCACACCAGUAUGGAGCGCUAUGACCCCAACAUUGACCAGUGGAGCAUGCUGGGAGACAUGCAGACAGCCCGAGAAGGCGCGGGGCUUGUGGUGGCCGGCGGAGUGAUCUACUGUCUAGGAGGAUACGAUGGCUUGAAUAUCUUAAAUUCAGUUGAGAAAUAUGAUCCCCAUACAGGACACUGGACUAAUGUUACACCAAUGGCCACCAAGCGCUCCGGAGCAGGAGUAGCGCUGCUGAAUGACCAUAUUUAUGUGGUGGGGGGAUUUGAUGGCACAGCCCACCUUUCUUCCGUUGAAGUGUACAGCAUCCGUACCGACUCCUGGACAGCUGUCACCAGCAUGACCACCCCUCGAUGCUACGUGGGGGCCACAGUGCUUCGGGGCAGACUUUACGCAAUUGCAGGAUAUGAUGGGAACUCCCUGCUGAGCAGCAUCGAGUGCUACGACCCAAUCAUUGACAGCUGGGAAGUGGUGACAUCCAUGGGAACCCAGCGCUGUGACGCCGGCGUGUGUGUGCUACGGGAGAAGUGACCCCUGUUGGAGCACCAUCUAGAGCUAGCGACCAGUCCCGGGCCAGUUGACGGAGUAUCAGGGCCCGUUUCCAGAAUGUUUCCCACUGUGUGCUCAGGGUGAUUACAAGCACCGGUGCCGUGCUGAUGGUCUUUAUUUGACACAUACUCCCCCUCGCACUAGUACUUGUCCCCGAGUUGAGUGGUGAAUGGACGCUCACAGGAAGAGAAUGCACUCAGUGGAUAUGAGGCCAGGUCCCUUCUGGUCUCCGCAGCACUUUCUGGUCAUGUCUAACUUACUGUGUGUUUAGGAGGAUAAAUGUGUAUGUUGCCCCUCAUGUGUUGCAGAGUGAAGGUGAGUGUAACCUACUAGAUUGGGCAGUAUCCAACUUACAUCUGGAUUGGGAGGAUGCCAACUUGAGUCGGCCUGAUAAAAUCCAAUUAUUGUUUUCCAGGAAUACAUUUCCUAGUCUGCAGGUAGCUAGUGGCAACAUAGUUCCAUUCUGGAGGGAGACAAAGGAAAGCUCCCUGUCACAACUUUGAGGCUGGGGAGAGAGCUGUGUGACACCCCCAAGUGUGGACAGAGCUCUUGUAUCAGAACUGGGCUUAGAGUGAGUGAAGUGGCCUGACUCAGAUGGACUGAGCAAGCCUAGACCUUCACUGCAGUGUGACCGAGAAGACUGAGUUAUCUGAAGGCUCUUCUGAUUUCACCACGUCUCUGGACUGCACUGUGGCUUACCGGGGCUCCGGCGCCUGUGCCAGACAACAGAGUGAACAAGUGUCAGGUGGGCGGAGGUGGAGUCAGUGUGGCAGUGUGAGUGCCUAUGAUUUCAUAUCCUCUUACCUCCCUGCCAGGUUUCAUCGCUCUAGGGCAAGGUUCGCCUCCAGGGGGUGAGAGAUUUUCUUUGUUGAAUCGGAUACUACUAUGCUGUUACAUUUCCAUACUAUUUAUUUGGGGAUGGGGUGGGAUGCAGCAGCCUGGAAGUUCAGCUACUUGAUAUUGUUCCAUUCCCCCAUCCUUUUAAAUGCAUACUUCCAGUAAGGGGUGGUUUCUACUGCUGUUUGGUACAUUUCAUCCUUUUCCUACUAGAGGGUUCCCUAUCUGUCCUUAGAGUGAAUUAUAUUCAUCCCGGGACAGAAUAAUCAAGACAACCAGAGUUCCUGUGUUAUGGAGUGAAAUUCUUGCUUUGUGGGUGGGGGAAUGUGACACCCUGAACAAGGAGGCACUUUCCCUUUACUUUGAAAUUCCAUGUUUUCCUCCCUGAAUUGAAUUGAUCUGAAGAGUUCAUUUCCUUUGUAUUUUUUUAAGAAAAUAUUAAAAACAAUCUGUCUCAAA